AUGCCGAAGAUCAAAGCAGUUCUGUUCGACUUCGUGGGUACUUGCCUUGAUUGGCAUGCCACGAUCGUCGAAGCCAUGCCUCAAUCAAUACCACAUGAGACGGGAAGUCAGCUUGCUCUGGACUGGCGUCACACAUAUUUCAAGUACAACGAAGAACGACGACAGAAAGGCUUACCUCCCGAGGAUAUCGAUACUAGUCAUCGAAACACCUUACCUCUUGCAAUCAACAACGGCACUUUCGAAGCGGCCCAACUCAACAAGGCUCUGGCUCCUGCUGCCAUCGAUCGACUGAUCCAAGCCUGGCACGAACAGAAAGCAUGGCCAGACACAAAGCCUGCGAUCGAAGCUCUCAAGCAGAAAGGCUAUGAAGUCUUCGUCCAUGCAAAUGGAACGACAAGACUACAGCUAGACCUCUGCCGCGCCUCCUCCCUCCAAUUCCACAACCUCUUCUCCUCGCAACUUCUCGGCUACAUAAAACCCGAUCCCAAGAGCUACUACCGACUUCUCGAACUCCUCAAAUUAGAGCCUGAGGAAUGUGCUAUGGUUGCCGCACAUGGGUAUGAUACUCGCGGUGCUAAGGAAGUUGGGAUGAAGACGAUUUAUAUUGAUCGUGUUACUGAUGAUGUUGAUCAAGAUAAGGAGGGAUUUAGGCAGGAGUUUGAUUUGUAUUUGGAGGGGAUGAGCGGGUUGGUCGAGGGGGUUGAGGGGAUGGGAUAGGUGAGCUUACAAGAAUGCUCUGACGACCGUCUCGGCUUUCUACGUGCUUUGCGCAGCACAAGGGCUGGGCCCUGAGCCGCUUAGGCCGGAUGUCGAAGUUUGAAGGGAUGUUGUCAGCACAAAGCAAACUUGCAUACCGCGACGACAGCAACUAUUAAAGCCGUGGAGCUGCGGUCUCGCCUACUUUUCUUCCCGCUUCACAUCAUUCUGACCUAACGGAAGCUGAAAAGUAUCUCCAUCCGGACUGCAUACUGGGACUUCAUAACUCAGCAACUGGGACCGGUACCAUCUUGAUGUCGAAGAGAGGCGAGCAUUACGUCUCGGGCCCAGGCACUCUCACGGUGUGCGGUACGUGGGUGAACAGCGAGAUAUCUAUACCAGAGGAAGAUCAGACCAACGACUCGGAACUCACCGCUGGGACUGCAAAAGCGGAUUCAGUUGAGGCAUCUCGUGAAUACGUGACAGAUGCUACCUUCACAAUCUACUCAGUUAUCACAUGCAACCAAAAUUCGAAAAGCAUGUGCAAAAGAUCCAUUCGCAGGCCCUGAGUCAUGUGAGUGAAGCUGGAAGUGCUUGUGCUAUACGGAUCCGGACAUCAUGUGCUAUUGCGGCUAUUUGAGGUAUACAUCUACACAAUCUUGUUAUAUUCUUCUU